CCCUGGUGCCUGAGGCUCAGUCAGGUGUGCAGGAGCGGAAGGCACCCUGGGCGGUAUGGCGAGUUGGUGGCGUGUGUUUCCACGCGCCGCGCGGCGCUAUCCGUGGCCCACUAAUGUGCUGCUCUACGCCGGCCUCUUCUCGGCGGGUGAUGCGCUGCAGCAGCGGCUGCGGGGAGGCCCGGCCGACUGGAGCCAGACGCGCCGCGUGGCCACUCUGGCCAUAACCUUUCACGGCAACUUCAACUACGUGUGGCUGCGUCUUCUGGAGCGCGCGCUGCCGGGCCGCGCGCCGCGCACAGUCCUGGCCAAGGUGCUGUGCGACCAGACUGUCGGUGGGCCCAUUGUCCUGUCGGCCUUCUACGUCGGCAUGAGCAUUCUUCAGGGAAAGGAUGACAUAUUUUUGGACCUGAAGCAAAAAUUCUGGAAUACAUAUAAGAGUGGUCUGAUGUACUGGCCCUUUGUGCAGCUGACCAACUUCAGCCUGGUUCCUGUGCACUGGAGAACAGCGUAUUCAGGACUGUGCGGUUUCCUCUGGGCCACCUUCCUGUGCUUUUCCCAGCAGAGCGGUGAUGGCACAGUGAAGUCCGUGUUCAUCUUCUUUCUCAGGAAGGAGGCGAGUGACAGGCCUCCAGAAGAGUGAGGAGUCCAGGACUCCUGCAAAGACUCAGUUUUGUUUCUCCAUUGCUCUCGGUCACCUGCAGCAGGCCUGCUUCACCAAUCAGUUAUUAUGGGCUCUGUCAUGAAGAAUUCCUUUUCCAUAGGCCCACUUGUUUUGAAAUUAUCGAUGACUUUUUUAACUGUCAUCCAAACCUUUCCCAUUCAUUCCAGCUUGAAAGUCUUCCUUCCGUGUUCUCACAUCUCUAGUGCUUUGGCUAAAAUUACAAGUGACAGGUGACAUUUUGAAGUUAUUACUAUUUCUAUUCUAAUACUAUAAGGCCAGUUGAGUUUUAAGAAACCUCCAGUUUUGAUUGUUUAUAUUUCUAGCCUAAACUCUCGGACUAUUUCCUACACGUCAGGAUCAAAUUGCCAUUGGUCCUUAUAGUUCAGUUCCUAUCUUCCUAUCUACAUAGAGUUCAGUGAAGACAUUUGAAUAAUAAGCCUCCCCAGAUACUCGAUAAUAAUUCAUUACAUCAACACUGAAGUCUUCUUUCUUUCUUUCUUUCUUUCUUUCUUUCUUUCUUUCUU